AUGUCCUCCUCUUCAAGUAGUUCGGUUGCCUCAUCAUCCUCUUCAGACGCGUCCUCUGUCGCCUCUAGGUCCCCGUCGCCUCCACCUGUCAACGAGAAAAAGCGCAAGCGCGCGCCAGAGCCUGCUCCUGCUGAACUUGACGCUCCUGCUGAAGAUGAGGAACCCGUACUAUCCCAUGCCGCCAAGCGCAAGCAGAAGAAGAAAGAGCUGAAGGGUACUACUGAGACUUCUCCCUCUGGGAAGGUCAAGGACGAAGACGGUGCUACUGCUGGAAAGGAGACAUCAACAGAUCGCCCGAAACGACAAAAUUCUGUCUGGGUCGGCAAUCUAUCAUUCAAAACUACGCCUGAGGCUCUCAAAAAGUUCUUCGAUGGAGCAGGAGAGAUCACUCGUGUGCAUAUGCCUACGAAAAUGGUUACAGGAGGGCCGGCAGGUGCUCGAAAGGAGAAUAGAGGAUUUGCCUAUGUUGAUUUUUCUACGCCGGAUGCCAAAGUUGUGGCGGUCACCAUGUCCGAACAGCAUCUCGACGGACGCAAGCUUCUAAUAAAAGACGGUGGUGAUUUCACAGGAAGACCGGCGCCCACCGUCAAACCCGAAGACGCUGAGGCUUCAGCAGGUAGCGCCGCUCAAUCGAAAACGGUUGGCCUGACGAAGACCGCCCAAAAGAUCCUCAGGAAUCAGAAGCAGCCGCCCGCCCCAACACUAUUCUUUGGUAACCUUGGUUUUGACGUCACGGAUGCCUCUCUGCGGGAGCUUCUUGAAGCUCAUAGUCAGAAACCUAAGGCGAAGGAAGAAGAUGCCGAGGAGCAAAAGCCGGAAAAGUGGAUGAGGAAGAUCCGCCUGGGGACCUUUGAAGAUUCCGGUAAAUGCAAAGGUUGGGCGUUCGUCGACUUUACAUCCAUCGAGCAUGCCACCGCCGCCCUCACAAACCCACGAAAUCACCGGCUGAACGGCCGAGAUCUUGUCGUAGAAUUUGCAUCGCCAGACGCGGUUCGCCGUGGUGGAGGCGGGCCCCGUCCCCCGCGGGAGAGAGAUGGCGCGGCAUCAUACAAGGGUCGUCAGGGUGGAGAGCAUCCGCCCAAAAAGCGACAGAAGGUUUUCGACGGGGAUGUACCCGUUGAAAGCGCUGACGCCCCAACAUCCGACCCUGCACAUUCCCGCGAACGACCCGCGGCCACCCACGGUCGCGAUCGCGCUGGUGCUGGAAAGGAUAGAGGCAAGCGCCAUCGUCCCGCUCCAGGUGCUGCACUGGCCCUCGCGAAGCGAGAGCAGGUGGGCAUAGUGCCCAGUCAAGGGACGAAGAUCAAGUUUGAGUAG